AUGCCGCCCAGCGGCAGCUUGGGCGCGUCCCCUGGCAGCACCGCCAGCACAGUGGAGGCCAUCGGGGCCAACGGCCUGGAGCGGCUGCUGCGCGUGUACGACGCCCUGGCGGACCCUGAGCGCCUGAAGGAGGCCAGCCUGCACGUCAACGGCAACUUUGGGGUGCAGCGGCUGCUGGAGGCGGCCGCCAAGCUGCGCGCGGCGCUGCACGGCCACGCGGCGCAGCUCAAGGCGGCGGCGCUGCAGAUGGCCCAGUUCCGCAAGAACCACGGCAACCGCGACCCCCUAUCCGCGCUGCUGCGCGCGAUGCUGCCGCACAUGCUGGAGUACUGCACGCACGACAAGGGCGUGUACGUGGUGCAGUGCGCGGCGCACCACUGCGCCAACAGCGAGCUGCUGGUGCUGGCGCAGGCCAUCUUCCCCAUGGGGAUACCGGUCAGCAAGGACGCCAAGGGCAUCUUUGUGCUGCUGGGCCUGUUUGAGAUCAUGGAGCAGCGCAUCUGGUCGGACCCCCACGUCUGCGAGCUGCUGCUCGCGGAGACAGACAAGCUCUGCGGCCUGUUCGUCUCCAACACGCGGCAGCUGCAGUUCACGGCGAUGCACGGGCUCUCCGGCAGGAUGCUGAUGCGCGCCGCCGCGCUCGCGCUGCCGCGGUGGCAGGCGGUGCGGAUGACCAGCCGCAUCGCGAGCCUGGCCGGGCAGAUGAUGGCGGUGGGCGACGCGCGCGGCGGCUGCCAGACGCUGCAGGAGCUGCUGCUGCUGUACGGCCACAACGAGGAGACGACGCUGCUGCUGCGCGACGCCGCGUGCAUGGUGGCGUACCAGCUGUCGGGGGCCAUCGGAAAGUGCGCCCUGUCAGACAACCCCGAGCACCGCGACCUCGUGCGGCUGCUGAUCCAGCGCAUGGCGCACGAGCAGGAGGUCGCGUGGCUGGACGCCAUCAUACAG